AUGUAUAUUAAGUGUCAAACUCGAUGCAAGAAAGUCCUCUUUGGACAAACGGAAAGAUUCCAUCAAGCAGAUGGAGGAAAGGUACAUCAUGCGCCAAAGGAUAUUGAUGCACAGAUUCAAGAGCACCAGGAGAACGGUCAUACUGUUGAUUUCAUCAAAGAUGAGAUCAAGAAGAUCUCCAAUUCAAUGGAUAUAUUCACAAACAACAACAACAACAACAAUACGAAUGUCACGAAGCUUCAUCAAUCCUUGUCGGAGACAGAGAAAUCUCUCACAGAUACAAAUAGCAAACUGGAAAGAACUCAUGCAUCCCUCCAGGAGACACAAUCUUCUUUUCGGGAAACACUAUCCUCCCUUGAAGAUAUGGAGGAUCAAUUUGAAGCCAAAGAUCAAAGAUUUAUAUGA